AUGGCAAGUGCAAAUUUUUUUAAAUUAGCUGGAAAUGUGUAUGUUUUACUAGCUGAUGAAGUAGUAAAUGCUAGUCAUAAUGAACAGUUGUCUAUUUGUCUUCGGUUUAUUAAUGAUGAACAUGAAUGUGAAGAGUAUUUCUUAGGAUUUGUUCGUUUUUAUGAUUUUGAUGCUGUUUCAUUAGCAAAAGAAAUAAGUAACUAUUUGGUAAAGCACAAUAUUCCUAUGUCAACAUGUAUAGCACAAUGUUAUGACUGUACUGCCAUGAUGUUCGGUCAAUAUAAUGGAGUUCAUAUGAAAUUACAACAAUAUUUUAUGCCAAAAGCUAUCUAUAUUCACUCAAUUAUUAAAGUACUUGAAGAUUUAGUGAAGAAUGAUAGAAAUCGUGCAGUAGAUGGAAGAGGUAUUUGUGUUAAUCUUGGCUCAGUAAAGAACUUUGUAUCAACACUUUGUAAACAAUUAACUGAUAUGAAAAAUGAGUAA